AUAAGCAUCUCACGAGACGAGUUAUUAUUGCGUCCAAAAAAAAAUUGUUAUAGUUGCUGUCACUGUCAGAUCAGUAAAAUGAAAUGUCAGUGACCAUCACCAAUUUACAAACGAGUGAGUUCUCGUUGUUGUACUUGACAAAUUCGGGAAAGAAAAUAUUUUAUGUGAAAUUAAAAUUAAUUGGUUUUAUAAGCAAAUUACUGGUCACAAAAAGUAAUAUUUUUCGAAGAAAUAAAGUUACUACUUCGUAUCCCAUUCAAUGCGUUGAUAUAAUAGAUUUUUAUUCUCUCGAUCGAAGUGCAAUCAACAAUGGAAGAUGCUACAGUACCUUUACAUUUGGAACCCAUGCAUCAAAGCGAUGUGUGUGAGAAGAGGCUAUGGAUUGGCAACUUGGACACUAGAGUUAAUGAGUAUCAACUAUUGAAAAUGGUUCGUGUAUAUGGAAACAUCGAGAAGUUCGACAUGCUGUUCCACCGGACUGGGCCCAACUUUGGGCAACCCCGGGGUUUUGCGUUUGUUACGUACAAGCUGAAGCAAGAUGCAAUUAAUGCCAUGAAAUCACUCAACGGCCAGCUCCUUGGAGGCAAGAGGAUCUGUGUGAAGUUUGCAAAGAAUACAUCUGAGGACCAAGAGAAGCCAAAACCAGAGUUAGGUAUUGCCGCACUAGCAGGCGCCAAGCCAGAGUCGAAAUUAAGCAAAAAGACCGCCAUCCAGUCCAUAGAGGCUAAAUUAAAAAUGAUGGAAAGUAUGAAGCCUGGAGAUGACUUUGAGAUAAACAAAUUGGCAGCAAACGAGACGCCAAUCAUAGCUCAGUAUCAAACAAAACAAUUGCCGAAUAAAAGCAUCAGUUCUUUUAGAAGAAGGCACCCUUAUCAUAGGAAAAGAUAAAAUUAUGUUUAAGUAUUAGUUUAAUUUGCUUCUGGGUACAAUUUUGGCAAAAAUUUAUAUUCUUAAAAAAUUACAUGUUCCAAGUUUUAUCACAAAAUUAUAAAUAUAAUAGGUCUGUCAACAUCAUAUAUCAUAGGUCAGUCAACAUCAUAAGUAAGUAUAAAAACAUAAAUACAUUUUAUUAACAGCUAACAGUUUUGCAAAGACUGAAUGGCCAUGUUCAGCUACAUGGUUUAAUGAUGGAAUUGAAAUUCAUAUAGUGACAGAUUGCUAGCCCAUCGCCUAAAAGAGGAAUCCCAUGUUUAGUAGUCUCAGUAUUCAGAUCAAAAUUCACCAUUUGUCGUUUUGGUUCAGAGAAGAAAUAAAUAUGUAUUUGAAUGAACAACAGUAUUAUGUAAAACAUUUUUAUUCCUCCUCCUCAUAUUAAAAGCAAUACCUUUACAAACACGUAAAUAUUUGUGUGAAAUUAGUGGGGUUAUCUACUAUGCUUGUAACAUAAGUAAAAAUAAGGCUGAUUGCACUCUCAUUUAAUCAGUGUCUAUUUUCAGAGAUAACACAAAUUGUAUAUUGCUAACCGACUUAAAAAAAGGAGGUCAUUUUCUUUAAUUCAUAGUAGUCUUGUUUUGUAUAUUGUACCCAGCAAUCUCAGUAAAUGUUGGAAGUAGAUUUAAGUGUGUCGUGUAAUUUAUAAUUAGUUUUCGAUAUUUUUAUGCCAUGAGUGUGUUCAAUGUGAAUGCUAUGUGAUUGUGAUAGUGAAAAAUAUGAAUUUUGCGAAUUAACAAAAUACUCAACGAAAACUUUAAUUUUAAUAAUGAUCACGCUGUUUCUAUAAGUUGGCUACAUCGUAAAACAAAUUACUUUUCUUUAUAGAGGAAUUAUGAAAUGCUUACAAAAUUUGCAUUAUUAUUUUAUUCAAUUGUAGUUUUGCAUUGCUUAAAAAUUAUGGUACCCUAUAAUUUCUCUAUUAAAGAAUGAUGUAUUCACCUUCAGUUUGUUACAUUAACAAUACUAAUAAAACCUAAUGCAGUUUGGUUUUUGAAACAAUGGUGUUAAAUAAAUAAAUGUAGAUGAUGUCAAUCUAAAAUAUUGUUUUUGUUUUAUAUCAAACACAUCCGAUGUUACCAAAACGCGAGUGCCGGGAAACGCAGUGUAGGACGGCGCCCCGCGAGAUGCGAUGAUGU